GACCGACCCACAAAAUUAAAGAAAAACAAAAAAAAUCUAUUUUUAUACUCCGUUGUGCAUAAAACAAAUAAUUUAUGUAAUAUUUUCUAACUGAAACAAUUGCAAAAAAAAAAUAUAGGUUAAAAAUCAUAAACAAGAUGUUAAUUGUGCUGACAUUGUCUUUCAUUUAUAUACAAAAUAUAUUAAAAAUUGCAUUACCGGUGGGAUUUGGAGAGACUAAUUGUUAAAUGAAAAUUGCGACGAAAAACUAUGUAUGUACCUAUAUUGUAAGCGAAUGUUGAAGAAAAAAAAGGAAACUUAAUAUAAUUUAGUUUGUGGUAAAAUUGUUGUAAGCAUUUUCUUCUCUUUUUUUUUUGUUACCUAAAAACAAAAUGUAAAUAAUAAGUGGAGAUACUAAUACUUACGACAUUAUUAUAGGAGAACAAUUAUCUUAUAAUUAUUUUUGACUAUUUUUUAUUUGUACAAAAAUAAUAUCUUUGAAUGAUGUAAAUACCGAGACUUAAGUGGAUUAAAAAAUAUGUAUUAAAGAAACAAAAAUAAAAAGAAUUAAUUUGUAAUUGUUUGAAAUGCGCCUUUUUGAUCAAGGGUUGGAAGAACAAUCGAGUGCUUUGUUCUUUGAAUGCACUCUGCAGGUCACGGCCAGCCCAAUUUACGUAUUUCUUUUGCAUAUGCAAAAUUAAUUUUAAUAUCAUUAAGCGAAGACUUUAAAUGUGACCACCCUCGCCGAUGUCUCAUUCGUGGGUUGCCUCUUUUCCUAAGCAAAACGCGAAUAUGGGCUUAAUCGAAAUGACCGAUGAAGUUAGACAGAGAUCGAUUUUGGCUGGUCAAAAAUUGAUCAAUGCUGCUCCUGGCGAAGAAAUUGUUAUUUCAGGAGUUUCGGGAAGUUUCCCGGAUUCGGAUGAUGUACGUGAAUUCGCUUCGAAUCUGUACGGAAAGGUGGAUCUAGUAUCAGGCGACUUCCGUCGUUGGGAUGCGACGCAUCCGGAGAUUCCGCAGCGCACCGGAAAAAUUAACAAUGUCGAAAAAUUCGAUGCGGCUUUCUUUGGUGUUCAUCCGAAGCAGGCGAACGCAAUGGAUCCGAUGUGUCGUAUUUUGUUGGAGAAAACGAUCGAAGCGGUCAUGGAUGCCGGAAUGAAUCCCAAAGAAUUGGAAGGAACAAACACCGGCGUUUUCAUCGGCGCCUGCUUUUCAGAAUCAGAGAAAUCGUUAUUCUACGAUUUGCACAUCCCCCAAAGUUACGGAAUAAUGGGUUGCACGAGAUCUAUGUUGGCGCAAAGAAUAAGCUAUUGGCUAAAAUUGAAAGGUCCAUCUUACCUAUCGGAUACGGCUUGCAGCAGUUCAUUGUUUUCUUUCGAGCGCGCUUACAGAUCUCUGAGGGAAGGUAAAUGUUCUACCGCUAUCGUCGGAGGAUGUAAUCUUUGUUUGCAUCCACUCGUAUCUUUACAAUUCGCCAGAUUGGGCGUUCUGAGUCCGGACGGAGCUUGCAAAUCGUUCGAUGAAUCUGCCAAUGGAUAUGCCCGAUCCGAAGGAAUUUGUGCAAUCGUCUUGCAAAAGUCCAUAGACGCCAAAAGAAUUUACGCUGAAGUGCUUCACAGCAAGACUAAUUGCGAUGGAUUUAAAGAACAAGGAAUUACCUAUCCUUCCGGUAAAGUCCAGCGUGUUCUUCUGGACGAAUUUUACGAGGAGUGCGGUGUUCCGCCAUCCAGUUUGAGUUACGUGGAAGCGCACGGAACGGGGACGAAAGUUGGAGAUCCUGAAGAAUUGGGAACUUUGGAUGUAGUCUUCUGCAAGGAUCGUACAACUCCGUUAUUAAUUGGUUCAGUAAAAUCCAAUAUAGGUCACAACGAGCCGUCGUCCGGUUUAUGCAGCGUUAUUAAAGUUAUCAUAGGAAUGGAGAACGAUAUGAUUCCUCCCAAUAUAAACUACAAAACUCCUAGAUCUGGAAUCGCCGCGUUUUCUGAGGGUCGUCUGAAAGUUGUUGCAGAUAAAACGCCGGUACCUGAAGGAAACGGUCUAUUCGGUAUCAACAGCUUCGGUUUUGGCGGUGCCAACAGCCAUCUUCUGUUGCGAAGAAAUUGCAAAUUGAGUAACGAUAAAAUCAAAGAUUCCACGCCGCGUUUGGUCUGUAUUGGCGGGAGGAGCGAAAAGAUAGUCAACAACUUCUUUGACGAAUUGAACAAAAUCAAAUUAAAUGCGGAUUUCAUCGGUUUACUGCAAGAAUCCUUCAAAUAUCAAAUAGCUGGGUAUUUGUUCCGUGGUUAUGCCAUCAUAACUGACGAAGGAAUCCAACAAAAAUGUUUGACGUAUUACGAUGGCGCUCCAACAGCUGUAAAAUGUAAAUUCGCCUCAGCGAACGGUAUUUUUCGAAUUGACGAACUUUUACAAUUUCCAAUUUUUGCGCAGUUUGUUCAAAAGUGCCAAAACGAGAUUGUUUCGAACAAAUUUCCGUUUCAGUUGGAGAAAAUUUUGUACGCUUUCAACGAAAAUGAUAAAGUGCACACCGUUCUCACUUCAGUUAUAAUUCAACUCGGAAUCUACGAAUUAUUUAAAGCAAUCAAUUUAGGUUUGCAUUCAGUUAUUGGAAACGGUUUGGGUAAAUUAACGCAAAUGUACGUUUUGAAUAAGAUGAGUCUGCAACAAACGCUCUUAACUGCGUAUUACAUUGCAAAAUCUUCAAAAAACACAGAUACAUUUGCGCCUAAUUUGCUGAUUCCUAUUCUUGGUGAGGAUUUGACUGAGAAAUUAUCUCAAGAGAUCUUUAACGGCAUUUCUUCGAAUAAUCAACAUUUGUUCGAGUUUCAAAUCGAAAACGAUGUAAUCUACGGAAAUUCAUCAAUCUCUGGAAUUUUAGAAGCGCUUGGAAGUGUGUAUAAUCGAGGUGCUAACUUCAAUGCUGCAAAAUUGUACUCAAGAAUCGAAUGGCCAGUUGCCAGAGGAACACCGAUGAUUUCACCUCUCAUACAUUGGGACCAUUCUAAAGAUUGGUUCGUUACUGUGUACAAAGCUAAAGACCGUACAAAGACGGGACACAGAAACAUCGAGGUCGGUUUGAAUGAUGACACGUGGCAAUUUAUCAAAGGACACGUCAUCGACGGUCGUCUUCUGUUCCCUGCUACUGGUUACCUAAACUUAGUUUGGGAAACGCUAUCUAUGAUGACUGGGAAAAUCACUUCAGAUAUGAACGUAAUUUUUACGGAUGUUAAAUUCAUAAGGGCAUGCCAAAUACCGAACAGGGGGAAAUUGAUUUUCCUUAUAAUUAUUCAGAAAGGCAGUGGAAACUUCGAAAUUGUCGAAGGAGGUUCGGUCGUGGUAACAGGAAGAAUCGUGGAAGGAAACGAAAAUGAAGAUUGGAAUAAAUUGGCAACCACUAUGGACAAUUCUAACGAAAUAAAAUUAUCCCACAGAGAUAUUUACAAAGAACUCAGAUUGCGCGGUUAUAACUACAAAGGCGAAUUUCGAGCUUUGCAAGAAUGCAAUUUAGAUGCAUCGAUCGGAUCUAUCAUUUGGACAGGAAAUUGGAUCACGUUCAUGGACAAUAUGAUGCAAAUGCAGAUCUUGCAAGAGGAUACAAGAAUCUUGUAUGUGCCUACUAAAAUUGAUUUCGUUCAAGUGGAUGGAAAGAAGCACAUCAGUUACGCACAUAUGUUUAAAAAGGAUAAAUGCGUGGUUCCUGUUUACCUUUACAAAGAUCUCAACAUAAUAAGGUCAGGAGCAAUUGAAAUUCGCGGAUUGUCGGCAAGUGGUAUUGCGCGAAGAAAGCAAGCCGAACCCGUUUUGGAAAAUUACCGUUUUGUGUCGAACGAAGUUGAGAUGGAUUUGAAAGAUUCUGUGCGGAUUGCCGUUCAAUUAGCUUUAGAAAAUAAAUACACGAUUAAGGUGAAAGUGGUGGAAAAUUGCGACCAGAAAAUAGUACCGAUAAGUCCGAUUAUAUUAUCCACUUUGCGCGAUCAACCGUUGAUUCAACCCGAAAUCUUUCUAACGAAUUGCGUCGAGGAUUUCGAAGAGGGCAUAAACAUCGAUGACAGAGUAUUCGGUUCCGAACUUGACUGUUACUUGGUUGUAGCGAACAAUGCCUUGCAAAAAUCAAAGUUAAUGAAAACUGCUUUGAAGAUGCUUCUUCCAACCGGUUUCAUAAUUUCUCGUGAAUCUCUCGCAAAUAAAAUCGAUUCAAUUCCGGAUGGACUUUCGGUAAUUGCCAUUUACACAACACCGUUCGAACGUCUAGUGCUGAUGAAGCAAUCUAAAAUAUGGUCUUACCAGCAUUGCAUAAACGUCGAUGAUGAUUUGGAGUGGUUGAGCAAAGUGCAGAUGUGCUUGAAAUUAGAUCAAAACAUUGUUUUGGUUUCGGAAGAUGCAAGAAGCGGUAUUUUGGGCAUGGUGAAUUGCUUGAGACGUGAACCCGGUAUGGAGGAUAGAGUCCGUUGUGUUUUCAUGAUGAGCGGUAAAGUUAAUUACCAGGAACAACUAAAGAAAGGUUUGGGUAUUAACGUUUGGAAAGAUAAUAGUUGGGGUACGUACAAGCAUUUUGCACUCGAAGAAACCAAUUAUGUUUGUCACGAACAUUGCUUUGUUAAUGUCUUGGUGAGAGGCGAUUUGAGUAGUUUAAGAUGGAUCGAAGGACCGUUGGAAAGUGGCAUGGAACUUGAACCGGAUCAACUUUUAGUUCACAAUUAUUGUUGCGCUAUUAAUUUUCGCGACAUUAUGACGGCUACCGGUCGCAUCCAAAAUGAUGUGAUUACAAGAAACCGCUUGGAGCAGGAAUGUGUGCAAGGAUUCGAAUUUUCCGGGGUUGAUUCUAAUGGACGGAGAGUUAUGGGAAUGGUUCCAUUCAAUGCUUUAUCAACUUUAAUUGCUGCCGAUGUUCAUUUGAUUUGGACUAUUCCGGAUCGGUGGAGUUUCGAGGAUGCUGUCACCGUACCAACUGUUUAUGGAACUGUCAUCUACGCAUUUCUAAUGAGAGCUAGAUUAAGGAGAGGACAAAGCGUUCUAAUCCAUUCCGGCUCCGGAGGCGUCGGGAUGGCAGCAAUAAACCUUUGCCUUGCAUGGGAUUGCGAUAUAUUCGUAACAGUUGGCACUCAGAAGAAGAGAGAUUUUAUACGAAAGAACUUCCCGCAAAUAAGCGACGAUCACAUCGGUUGCUCCAGAGACACAACUUUUGAGCAGAUGGUGUUUAAAGGCACCAAAGGAAGAGGAGUCGAUUUAGUGCUUAACUCGUUAGCUGAUGAAAAAUUAAGCGCUUCGGUGAGAUGCUUGGCGCCGGGUGGGCAAUUCUUGGAAAUUGGGAAAUUUGAUUUAGUGAAUAAUACGAGAUUAUCCGAAUCCGUCGUCGCUAAAGGAUGUAGUUUUCAUGGAAUUAUGCUGGACGCGCUUUUCAUUUCGUCAUCGCAAAUAAAGGCAACCCUUUCCAAUUUGUUAGCGAAGGGCAUCGACGACGGAUGGAUAAAAGCUCUACCGCACACAAUAUUCAGUUCGUGCGAAAUAGAAGCUGCUUUUAGGUACAUGUCCACGGGAAAGCAUACGGGCAAAGUGCUUAUUAAAAUCAGGGAUGAUUUAAAGCAAAACAGAUUUAUGGCUACACCUAGGUAUUCCUGCAAUCCGGACUACAGCUACGUGAUAAUCGGUGGACUCGGAGGAAUCGGAUUGGAAUUAGCCGAUUGGCUGGUGCUCAGAGGAGCAAGGAAACUUGUGUUAUCAUCAAGAAAUGGACCGAAGACGGGAUAUCAAGCAUUGAGAAUUAGGAUAUGGAAGAGUUACGGCGUCAGCGUUAUUACAUCUACCGAAAAUGUAUCGAACGAAAUGGGAGUUGCAAGAUUAUUAGAAGAAUCGAAUCAUUUGGGUCCGGUUGGGGCAAUAUUCAAUUUGGCCGUGUGCUUGAAUGAUGCUUUAAUUGAAAACCAAAGCGAAGAUUCGUUCAUCGCAGCUGAAAUGCCCAAAGGAACGGUGACAAAGUAUAUGGACGUGAUGAGCAGAAAAUUGUGUCCGAAGCUGCACGAUUUCGUCGUGUUCUCUUCGGUGACUUGCGGUCGUGGAAAUGCCGGUCAAACGAAUUACGGAUGGGCGAAUUCUAUUAUGGAAAGGAUAUGCGAAGAGAGACGCAAAUCCGGGUAUCCUGCUUUGGCCAUCCAGUGGGGCGCCAUAGGGGAUGUUGGAGUGAUUGCGGAGAAACAGGAAUCUAACCAGGAAAUCGUCAUAUGCGGAACGCUGCAGCAGAAAAUCUCCAGCUGUCUAGAAGUUCUGGAUAGAUUGAUGAGGAGUCGUGCGACAAUCGUGGAAAGCAUGGUCGUCGCAGAGAAGUGUAGCAGUGCUUCCGGUGCCGACAAUAUUGUAGAUAAUGUAGUUAACAUCAUGGGCAUAAGAGAUUUGAAAACGGUUAGUCUUCAUUCGACGCUACCGGAACUCGGGAUGGAUUCGAUGAUGGCCGUCGAAAUCAAGCAGACUCUGGAGAGGGAGUACGACGUGAUUCUGGCGCCUCAGGAUAUUCGAAGCAUGACCUUUGCACGUUUGAAGGAGAUUGCAAUGGAAAAGACUUGCGAGGGCACGUUGAGCGAAGUAACGCACAGGGUCAAUCUUCUGUUGCGUUUCAUACCGGAUGAAGAGAACAAUAAAAUACCACUGGUCACUCUUCCCAGCGAGUCCGCAUUAUAUGGAACAGUGUUCAUGUUGCCCGGCAUCGAAGGAAUGUGUUCAAUAUAUGAACCUAUGGCCAGAUUACUGAAUGCCAAAACGUAUGGUCUGCAAUUUAGCUAUCAAGGCAAUAACAACACUAUUCAAGAUAUUGCACAGUCAUUAAUACCUAUCAUGAAAGAGCAAUUAAAGCCAAACGAGCCGUUCACUGUGAUUGCUUAUAGUCUUGGGGGCGUCGUCGCUUUAGAAAUAAUUUCGAUAUUGGAAAAGACGCAUCAGGUGAAUUUGAUUCUGUUGGACGGGUCACCUGCUUUUAUGAAGUACAUUAUUGAACAGAAUAUGAUAAUUACACCGGACUCUGAGUUUGAAACUAGCCUCAUUUGCAUCCUUUUAUCGGUAUACUUACCAGUAGAUAAGAUCGCUGAAGUUCGCAAUGAAUUAUUAAAAUGCAAAGAUUUUGCGGCGAGAGUUCAACUUGCAGUGGAUAUAACGCCGAAGGGAUUGCCGCACACCAAAAAAUAUCUAAAGUCCGUUUGCAUUGCUUCUUACGCGAGGUUGAAAGCCGUUUACAAUUACAAAACGUCUUUUGAUAAACUGAUCACUCCGGUUACGUUGUUCAGACCCACCAAUUCCGUCGAUUUUGACAUAGCCAAAGAUUACGGAUUGAGCAAACACAUUGCUGAAAACGUCAAGGUGGAAUUCUUCAAAGGCGAUCACGCAUCUAUCCUGGAAAACGUCGAUAUGGUAAAGGCAAUAAACUCUAUACUGGAAUUUGGUUUGAAAACCGAGAAUGUUGUGUUGGGUAAAGAUGGAGAUGGGAUGGAGAGCGACGAGUUUAGAAUGGCUAAGCAAACGAUCGCAUAAUUAAAUUAUUGUUAACUAUCUUGUUUAUUCUUUGUUUGUUUGUUUAAGUGGGAAUAAAGACUUCUA